UACCUAUGGUCUAGUUUCCCUAUAAAUAAUGCAACCUAUUUAUCUAGUUUCCAUCGAAACCUCUCUCUUACAUUUCGUAGUUCCGUCAAAGAUUGUCAACUUUAAUGGAGUUUCAUCUCCUUCUCCUCUCCAUCUUCACAGUGAUUUCUCUGACACAUGUGGCAAGCCAUGCAGCUCUGUCUCCCCAAGCUUACUGGCACUCGGUGUUGCCAAACACUCCCAUGCCCCAGGCUGUCAAGAAUCUUCUACCACAGGAAGCCAACUUGCGCAGAAGUGAUAAGGCUGCUGUAGGGCAUAUUGAUUUUGCUGAAGCCAACAUGCACGGAGGGGAUAAGGAUGCAAGAGCGAUUAUUUACAACAUAGGCAAAGGGAAUAAGGAUGCAAGAGCGAUUAUUUAUAAUGUGGGCAGAGAAGAUAAGGAUGCAAGAGCGAUUAUUUACAAUGUGGACAGAGAAGAUAAGGAUGCAAGAGCGAUUAUCUAUUUUGCUGAAGCCAACGUGCGCAGAGAAGAUAAGGAUGCAAGAGCAAUUAUUUACAACGUGGGCAGAGAGGAUAAGGAUGCGAGAGCAAUUAUUUACAAUGUGGGCAAAGGGGAUAAGGAUGCAAGAGCGAUUAUUUACAACGUGGGCAGAUGGGAUGAGGAUGCAAAAACGAUUAUUUAUUUUGCUGAAGCCAACAUUAAUCGUCAACUACAUUAUAACCCCAAUGAAACAAUAUAUUUCUUGGAGGAGGACAUCAAACAAGGCACAGAGAUGAACUUGGACCUCUCUAAAGAAGCAAAUGGAGUAUCAUUCUUACCUCGAACAGUUGCUCAGUCGAUGCCCUUUUCAUCGAACGAGUUUCCUAAAAUUCUGAACCAGUUUUCUGUGAAACCCAAUUCAGCAGAAGCCAAGAUUAUGAAAAAAACAAUCGAAGUUUGCACAGAGAUGCCUGCCUUUAAAGGAGAGCAGAAAUAUUGUGCAACUUCGUUAGAGUCGAUGAUUGAUUUCUGCACUUCCAUGCUUGGCAAAAGAGUCAAGGCAUUGUCGACAGAGUUGGAAAAAGAGACUCAAUUGAGGAAGUAUAGUGUUGUGGGAUUCAAGAAGAUUGGUGGUGGUGAAGUGGCAGUGUGUCAUAUGCUCAAGUAUCCAUAUGCGGUGUUUUCCUGCCACAACGUGCACUCAACCAAAGUGUAUAUGGUUUCAUUGGAAGGUGCGGAGGAUGGUGGGACAAAGGCGAAAGGUGUGGCGGUGUGUCAUACAGAUACGGCAGCAUGGAGUCCCAACUUCGAGGCUUUUCAAAUGCUCAACGUCAAACCAGGAACUGUCCCUAUUUGCCAUAUUCUUCCUGAAGAUAAUAUUGUCUGGCUUCCUAACUAAAUCUGUCUAUAUAUAUUGUGGUUUUAAAUAAUGUGUCGGCAUAUAUAUCGAUAUCAGUGAUAUGGUUACAUAUCGACUAAUAUCAAACAGUAUUGACUGAUAUAUUAAUAAAUAACAGUAUCGAAAGUCCCAAAUCUCGAUACAUAACAACAAUAUUUAAAACCUAUAUGUAUAUAAUCGAUGCCUAUUAUAUAGUUCCAUAUGUUUGUUUGUGUAAUUGUUUAAUGUUUACUAUAUAUUAAUUAAUAACUUCAACCAACUUUAUAUGCU